CAGAUCUGAGUCACUGGCCGCAUUACGAACCGAACCGAGGUACCGAACCAAGGCACCGAGGAAGACGGUCACUGCUAGGAAUUUCAUCAGCCAAUGGAAAGGUUCGCACAUAUCUUGAACUAUGUGACAGGAACUAAGACCAAACUCAUCGAAGUGGAAAAGAUUUCUUCUAUUCAAGUGGACUGAUUCGGUGUUCCAGGACAUCAUUAUGGUUCACAUUUAAUGCCUUUGAAUAUACUGACUGUUUCUGACAUUAAGAAUAUGCAAUCAGUCAAGCAAGACACUGACUCCAGUGAGUCAUACAGUGGAGAUGAUGCCUUGGUGCUUGCUGUGGCUUUACACAGAUCUAAAGGAAACCUUGUACCUCACAAAAUGUCAUCAUUUCCUUUCAAGACUAAAUCUAUGUGUCGAAGAAAACGUGAGUUUAUCCCAGAGGAAAAGAAAGACACCAUUUACUGGGAGAGACGUCGCAAAAAUAAUGAAGCUGCCAAGCGCUCAAGAGAGAAGAGACGCUUUAAUGACCUGGUCCUUGAAAACAAGCUGAUGGCACUUGGAGAGGAAAAUGCCUCCCUCAAAGCAGAGCUGCUAUCGUUAAAAAUGAAGUUUGGCUUAGUUAGCUCAUCAGCAUAUACCCAAGAAGUUAAAAAUGCAUCUAAUACUCCCAUGGUAAACUCCCAUGAAGAGCUGAUAUCUCCCACUGCUGUCCAGAGUUUACUCAAAAGAGAUCUUGCACAGCUCAGCAAAAGCUGUGCACCAGCUAUCAAACACUUACCUCUCAUGCCUGAAACAUGGGCCGCAAGUCAAGCAAGCUUUACUGUCUAUAAGACACCAGAUUUUAAACAAGAACCAGAAGAAAAUUCCGCUUGGCAGGAAACUAGUACACCAUAUAAACUCUACAAAAAUUGCAAGGUUAACCAUUUGUCUGACAUCUGCUCUCAAGCAGCAUCAUUCAUGCAGACUGCCAGGUCAUCCAGUAACUCGUCCAGGAACUCAGGUGAAAUUUCUUUAUGCAAAGCAUCAUAUGGUGAGGAUGAGCAGCAAGUCCCUAAAGGAUCGGUGCCUUCUGUAGCUGACCAAAGAAGUGUUAUUGUUUCUACUCACAAAGUGCCAGAUGUCAGUUCUUCAGCUUUGCCACAUAAACUACGAAUCAAAUCAAGAACCAUCCAAAUUAAAAUGGAGCCAACUGAUCCUGAAUAUGAGUCCUCUGGAAAGACAACUAAUGCCAGCAUUUUAGAAAGGGUGUGUCUGCAGCCCACCCAGAACUCCUCAGCAUACAUGCAGCCUUCCCACUGUCCUUUGCUGGUACAGGUGUCCAACAUGCAAGGCUGGAGCUGUGGGUCUGAAAGCAGUGUUUCUACACAGUGGCUGCCAGAAUAAACAAGUCCUAAGCUCAAUACUUUUUCAAAACCAUUGUAAAUUCCUAUGCACACUCAUUUACUGAGGAUAUUUAUCUGUAAGUGUUGGCACCAUGUCAACAAAACUGACUUCUUUGAGAAAAUGAACCACAACAGAGAACGAUUCUGAAACAAAGUCAGCCAAAAGCAUCAAUGCAUAAACUUUACCAUGAAGAGAUGCUGAUGUUCAUAUCACAAUGAAUAAAAGCAAUGUUCAUAUGAUCUUGUACUUUGGAUUUUAAGUAGUGCUUGUGGCAUUGUUGACAUUGAUAUGGAGUAAAUUGAAAAAACAAAAUGUCAAUUUUUUCCCAGACUUGUGAUUAUUUGGGGGAAAACAGUUCAUUAAAGUAUGCUAAGAGACAAUAUCUGUUCAGGUUUGAGGGGUUUAUUCAAUACUACACUUAGAGUUCAAUUAUUUGCCAUGUAUUGUUCUUGUUUAUUUGACAGAAACAAGAGCCUGACGUUCCUGCUACUCAACCGGUGCAAAUCCAAAAUGUACUUAGUUAUUGACAGAACUAAUAACUCCCAAUAGCUAUGUGUGUGUGACUGGCUAUUGGCCAGCCACACUGCAGUGUGUGGCUGCACACAGCUCUUUCUCACUCCACACAUGUGAAGGCAUACAAACACAGAGAUUGGGUAAACAAAAUUACUGCAGAUAUAAUGAUCCAUUGUGAAACUGAAAAUGAUGCUAUUUGUUCUAUGAAAGCAUAGUUCUGUGACUACAUAGUUAAUAUAGAACUCCCAACUCCAGGGAUUAAUUGAAUCCUUAAAUCUUCUGUGAGCUUCUGUGAUUUGAUAUCUCUGAUACAAGUAAAGGAACUAUUACACAUAAGUUCACAAAACCUCCCUUCAAAAAAAAUAAAAAUAAAAAAUACUAAUUCUUUACCAAUUUAA